AUGAUAAAUAUAUUAUCAAGUGCAGUUUGGCAUGGAAAAGGGAAAGAGAAAGGUUAUUUAUAUAGAUUGUCGAUUUCCUUAACUGGCUUUGCAUUCACAUGGUUUCUAAAUGUCAUCCAGGAGAAGUUUAAAAAAGGGAAGAUUAGUUUUGAUAGUACCUUGGAAUUGCUUGGUAAAUUUGACAUCCCCUUUGAUUACAUUCAUGUGAAAUACAUUUUUAAGGCAAGUAAUUCAUUGAAAUCUGGAACGAUCAAUUUAGAGGAUUUUAAAGGAAUUUAUCAGGCCAUAGCACACAGAGGCGAAAUUCAUGAACUCUUCAAAACUCAUUCUCCAAACCACAAAGUUCUCCUGCUAUCAAAUCUGGUUGAAUUUCUUAGAAAUGAGCAGUUUGAACUGGAAGCUGAUGAAACAACUGCUUCUCAUCUCAUUGCAAAGUUUGAGCCCAUUGAAGAAGCAAGGAGAAACUGUGAGAUGACAUUUGAAGGAUUUCUAAGAUACAUGACUUCAGAGGACUGCAUGAUUUUUAAAACUGAGCAUCAAAGUGUUUACCAAGAUAUGUCCCAUCCGUUAUGUGAAUACUUUAUUUCAUCCUCACAUAACACGUACCUCAUAUCUGAUCAGCUAAUCGGGCCAAGUCAUCUGUGGGGCUAUGCAAGUGCUCUGAUGAAAGGAUGUCGCUGCUUGGAAAUUGACUGCUGGGAUGGACCAUGCAAUGAUCCUGUUGUUUAUCAUGGACACACAUUAACAAGCAAAAUCAGCUUUAAGACUGUCAUCCAGGUGAUCAAUAAGUAUGCAUUUUUGGUCUCUGAUUACCCUCUGCUCCUGUCUUUGGAAAAUCACUGCAGCCCUAAACAGCAGGAAGUAAUUGCAGAUUAUCUGACAAGUAUCCUAGGUGACAAGUUGGUUGCAUCUACAAUUGAUGAUAAGGUGCCAACCGAGUUGCCCUCUCCUGAGGCGCUGAAAUUCAAAAUAGUGAUAAAAAAUAAGAAACUUGGAACACUUGAAGAAACACUUGCAAGGAGGGGCACUGACAGCCAUGGUCAGACAGGAGAAUUUGAAGAGGAGGAAUCAAGUGAUGAAGGGGAGGAGGAAGAUGAUGUCCCUGUCCACCCCAAGCAGCCCCUGCUUAAGAAAAGACAAUCACGUUGGAAAGGUCCAGGCUCACCUCGAAAAAAGCAACAAAUGAAGAAAAUAAAGAUGGCUCUGGCACUGUCCGACCUUGUGAUUUAUGCUAAAUCUCGAAAGUUUGUAAGCUUUGAAGACUCUAGAGAAAAGCAACUUUUUUAUGAAAAUAAUUCAAUCGGAGAGGCAAAAGCCCGAAAACUGGAAAAACUGCAAGCCGAUGAAUUUAUUCAACAUACAUCCCGAUUUCUUACAAGAAUAUACCCCAAGGGAACACGAACCACCUCCUCCAAUUAUAAUCCUCAGGAGUUCUGGAAUGUCGGAUGCCAGUUGGUGGCAUUAAAUUUCCAAACACCUGGACUACAAAUGGAUCUUCAAACUGGGAAAUUUUUAGACAAUGGUGGUUCUGGAUAUAUUCUAAAGCCAGAGUAUCUCAGAAUGAUGGACACAGAGUUUUCACCCUAUGCUCUUGCUACAAAUCGUGUACCAGUUGUUCUUACAAUAAAGCUUAUAAGUGGUCAUCAGUUGCCACCCAGCAGUCUCUCAAGGACUAAUAAAGCCAACCCCCUUGUUGUAAUAGAAAUAUAUGGUGUUCCAGAAGAUCAGACAAAACAACACAGUUGUGUGGUUAAGGGCAAUGCGUUGUGUCCUAAGUGGAAUGAAACAUUCACAUUUAAUAUCCAAGUUCCAGAGCUUGCCUUAGUGCGAUUUGUUGUAGAAGACCAGCUUUCUCUCACAGCCAAUGGCUUCCUUGGCCAGUACACUUUGCCACUUUUGAGCAUGAAUAAAGGUUAUCGCCAGGUUCCACUGCUGUCCAAACUUGGUGUCAGUCUGCGACCUGCUUCUCUCUUUGUACAUGUCUGGUAUUUUAACUAA